AUGGUGAAGGAUUUCAACUACUUUCCCGACCGGGGGAUCUAUGUAGACGAGGAGAAAGAUUACCUGUCGGCUCACCUCUUCUUACUUGGAGGCACCAAGUGGAAGUCUCUGCGCCAGAAGCUGACGCCCACGUUCACAUCGGGAAAAAUGCGCGCAAUGUUCAGCAUAGUGCGCGACUGCGCGCGCGUUCUGGCUGACGUCACUCCUGCGGGCAGUGUCGUCGAAGUCCGCGAGCUGGUUGCCCGCUACUCCACUGACGCCAUCGCUUCCUGCGCCUUCGGCAUCGACGUGGACAGCCAGCACAACCCUGACGCGGAGUUUCGCCAGUGGAGGCGGCGCUUCUUCAAGUCGUCGCUGCGCAUUUAUCUUAGUCAGGCUCUGGGGUUCUCUAAUCCGAAACUGCGCACCCUGCUGCCGGUAGCCUUCACGCCAAAGGACUUCACAGAGUAUUUCACACGUGUCGUCGACGAGACAGUCAAACACCGAGAGGAGACAGGCGUCAUUAGGAAGGACUUCCUGCAGCUGAUGAUUCAGCUGAAGAACAAUGGAUACGUCGAUGACAGCUUCUCAAUCACUGGCCAGCCGAAAACUGAACAAAAAAGCAAGACUCUGACGACCAAGGAAUUGGCAGCACAGGCGUGGAUGUUUUUCAUCGCUGGGUUCGAAACUUCCUCUACCACCGUAAGCUUCUGCCUGUAUGAGCUUGUUAGACACCCGGAUAUCCAGAAGAAAGUACAAGAAGAAAUCGACGACGUACUGAAAAAGACCAACGGUGAUGUGACAUAUGAAGUCAUUAUGACCCAGAUGCCAUACUUGGAAAAGGUGGUGAACGAAACCCUUCGUAUGUACCCGCCCGUUCCGGUUCUCAAUCGCGAGGUGGCGCAAGAUUAUAAACUGUCAAGAUAUGACUGUGUCUUGGAGAAAGGGACUAAGGUGGUCAUUCCAAUUAUGGGACUCCAUUAUGACAGAAAGUUCUUUCGGAAUCCUGAAAAUUUCGACCCGGAACACUUUUCCGACGAGCAGAAGGUAUCAAGGCAUCCCUUUUCCUAUCUGCCCUUUGGGGAAGGACCACGCAUCUGCAUUGGCAGGCGUUUCGGAUUCAUGCUGGUGAAGUUGGCGAUGAUACAUCUACUGUCAAAAUUUGAUUUUCUGCCUGUUGGAGACAAGCAGGUAGAAGUACGCAUGGAUUCCAACAACCUCUUGCUGAGACCAAUCGGCGGAAUCGAUCUGAGAGUGGAACUACGACAAGUGCCUACAUGCUGAAGAGCUGCAGUGGACAUCUUAUACCAUAAUAGGAUGGCCGUCUUAUAUUGAAAUAGUAUAAAAGAU